AAUUAAAAAAUGAAAAUUUUAAAUAAAUUUUUCAAUUGAAAUUAUAUCUCUGUUUACCUAUACAAUAUCAUAAAAUUCCAAUCAAUCAAUCAAAAAUUCAGUAUGAUAUAACAAUUACGAGUAUUAUAGUGAGCAUACAUAAAUUUUUUGGAUUAAGUAUUAUAUUAAAAAAAUCAGAUUAAUUUAAAUAUUACUUAAUAAAUAUUAUAUAUAUUAUAAGAACAUAUUAUCAUAAAAUUAUAGCAUUAAAAAAUUUUUGGGGUUUUGAUAUAUUCCUUCAAACUAAAUAUAAUAAGAAUGUGGUAAAGUAAUAUAAUAAGGAGUUACUACAGGAUGGUUAUACUAAUUAUUAUAUAAGGUUUCAACUGUAGCUUGCCAACUGUAGAUUUGUUAAUCAUCCGAUUAUAAUAUUUCAUAAUAACUUAGAUACAACAAAAUUUUUAACAUGUUAAAAUAAACAAAAGAAAAAGCUUCAGAGAUCCAUCAAAAAUUUGAAUUAAAAGCAAUUUGAUAAUGAAAUGGAUUUGCUUGGAUCCUCAAAACAAGGAUCAAAUGCGACAAAAUCGAAUUUACCUACAACAAAAACACAAUAUUUUACAACAGAAACAACAUCAACUACAGGAUUACAUUCAGUCACAACUAGCACAGACGCAUUAUUUAAAAUUAAUCCCGAAUCAAAUUCUUCAACAAAAUCCAUUUUACGUUCUUCAAAAUUUAUUAAUAAGUACCUGUGUUCUGUGGAUCCAGCUUCGACAAAAUCUAAUAUUCAAUCAAAUUUUCAUUUAUCUGAACCUGAAAUAUUUUGUAGUUUUCCAUACACUGAAAAUAAUCUUGAAAAUGAUUUUUCAAAUAUUAAUGAUGAUUCCUUUACACCGUUUAAGAUUAAUAACAUUACAAAAAGUUUUACAAUACCAACAUCAUCAUUAUCACCAUCACCAUCAUCGGCAUCAUCAUUAUCUCCUUCAACAGUUGAAAAUUCUAUUAAUAAUUUAGUUAAUAAUCAAACAGAUAACAAUAAUGUGUUAUAUAGUAUGUAUAAAUGUAGUUUAAAUUUUUAUGAUUCUAUAUCGGAACAAGCAAAUUAUUAUUGUGAACAAAUUACAAAUAAUUUUAAUGAUUCAAAUGAUGAUAUUGAUAAUGAAUAUAAUAUUAAUCAAUGCACAAUAUCAUCAACAAUAAAUAAUAAUUUAAUAUUGAAUAAUACAAAAUUAAUUAUUAAUAAUAUUUUGAAUCCAAUAGAGAAAUUUAAUUUGAAUUUACCAAAUCAUAAUAAUUUAUUAAAUUUAUUUAAUAAUUUAACUAGUAGUGAUAAUAUUAAUUUUAAUAAUAAUAUUAAAAAUGUCUGUGAUUUAUGGCAAAGAAAAAUAUAUUGUCCUAAUUUAAAUCAACCGAAUCGAUCAUUUUUCGAACAAAUCUUAAGUCCGAUAUACGGAAAUAAUCAAAAAGAUCAAGAAAAUCAUAUAACAACAACAACAACAACAAUUUCAUCAAAACCAUUAACAAUAUUUAAUAUAAUUAGUAAUACAAUUUAUAAUAGUACAAUAAUUAAUAGUAAUACUGAUAAAAAUAGUUAUGAUAAUAGUAAUAGUAAUAGUAAUAAUUAUAUAAGUAAUUUAUCUCAGAAUGAUAGUGAUAAUAAAAGUAUAUUUGAGCCAAUUGAAUGUUUAUUUAGUUUAGAAAAUUUAAAAAAUGAUGUGAUAAAUAAUACUAAUAUAAAUGAUAAUUAUAAUGUUAAUACAAAUUUUUUAUGGGAUAUUGUUAGUUCAUUGGUAACACAAGGAACAACAUUAUUAAAUGACACCGUAAUUAAUAUAGGAAUAAAUAAUGGAACAAUUUCUGAAUUAUCUGGAUUAAGUGAUGAAUUUAGUACAAAUUAUAAUGGAACAUUAUUUUAUAAAAAUAAUAGUGAAUAUUUAAAUGAUAGUUAUAAUAAUAAUAUUAAUUUAAUAAAUAGAAUAAUAUCAACAACAAGAAUAUUGCCAACAACAACAACAACAGCAGUAACAGCAUCUACCACAAUUAGAAGUGAUUUUAUAAGUGGUUGGGGUGCUGGUGCUGCUAGUCAUAUGGGUAGAGGUGGUUAUGAUUGGGUUUUUCUAUUUGUGAUAAUUUUUAUAUUUGCUGGUGGUCUUGGCAAUAUACUCGUCUGUUUAGCUGUGGCAUUAGAUCGUAAAUUACAAAAUGUUACAAAUUAUUUUUUAUUUUCAUUAGCAAUUGCAGAUUUAUUAGUUAGUUUAUUUGUAAUGCCACUUGGUGCAAUACCUGGAUUUCUAGGAUAUUGGCCAUUUGGUUUUGUUUGGUGUAACAUUUAUGUGACGUGUGAUGUAUUAGCAUGUUCCUCUAGUAUUUUGCAUAUGUGUUUCAUAAGUCUUGGACGUUAUUUAGGAAUACGAAAUCCAUUAGGAUCAAGGCAUAGAUCAACAAAACGUUUAGCUGGCAUUAAAAUAGCAAUUGUAUGGGUAAUGGCUAUGAUUGUAUCAAGUUCUAUUACUGUUCUAGGGAUAAUUAAUCAAUCAAAUAUAAUGCCAGAGCCAAAUAUAUGCGCUAUUAAUAAUCGAGCGUUUUUUGUAUUUGGAUCACUUGUUGCAUUUUAUAUUCCAAUGAUAUUAAUGGUUGUCACAUAUGCUUUAACAAUACAAUUACUUAAAAAGAAGGCAAGAUUUGCAGCAGAUCAUCCAGAAAGUGAACUUUUCAGAAGAUUAGGCGGUAGAUUCGCUAUAAAACCACAACAUCAUCAUAAUUCCAAUAAUAUAAAUAAAUUGAAUAGAGAAUCAUCUAGUCGUAGUUCAAAAUAUGAUCCAGAACAACGUGUUUCAUUGAAACAAUCACUAUCGGUUCAACAACUUAAGCGUAAUAAUAAUGAAGGAUUUAAUAAUGAAAAUAAUUCUAUUAUAAGUGGUAGUGGUGGUAGUAGUACAGGCGGUGUUGGCACUAGCAGAAUCAAUAAAGCAUCUAAUUGUAAUCGAACAAGUUUUACAAAUUCAAUUUUACGUAAUAAUUCAACAAAAUCAGACCAAAAAAUUUCACAAUCUCAAUCACAACAGCCAUUACUUUAUAGAACACAAGGAAAUAGUUCAGGAUGUUUAUCAAAUUCAACCGACAGAUCUUCAGCAAGAAGAAGUAGUAUACAACAGCAUGUAAGUUAUUCUAAUGGAGCAAGAAGUCCGACAAUAGCUGCAGAAACUUGUGAACAAGGAACUCAAACUCCUGAAUCAAUUGAAAGGGAAACAAGAAAAUGUAAAUUAAAAGCAUUACGUUUCUCUUUCAAUAAUGUUACACCGCCAGCAUUGAACCUUAAUUUGAGAUUUUUAACAGCAAAAAAUAAACGUAACAGUUUGUCAGCGAAUGCAGUUGCAACAGAACAAAAAGCUACAAAAGUUCUUGGAUUAGUUUUUUUUACAUUCGUUUUAUGUUGGUCACCAUUUUUCAUAUUAAAUAUAACAUUUGCAGCUUGCACCGAUUGUCAUGUACCGGAGCAUGUUGUUGACACAUGCUUAUGGUUGGGAUAUUUGUCAUCUACAAUCAAUCCAAUUAUAUAUACGAUAUUUAAUAAAACAUUUCGUGCAGCAUUUAUACGUUUACUUAAAUGUAAUUGCGAAAGAUCCGGCCGUCCAGCUAGAUAUCGUUCGGUAACAGAAUCUCGUGGUGCAUUAAGUUUAUGUGCACCAUCAGCUCUUCCAUUAGCAAUUUCAUUACAAGGAGCUCCAUUAAUGACACCAUCAACAGCAAAUGCAACACCAAUGAGUGAAUUUCGUGGAUCUUAUACUAUUACUGAUGAAGAAUGUUGAUGAUAUCACACAAAUAUUAUUAAGAACAAAAAAAUAAUGUCCAAUAUUAUGUAUAAACAAAUUUUAUGGCAACUAAAAUUAAUUUUGUGUAAUUUUAAAAUAUUAUAGUACGAAGAAAUGUAGCAAAAAUGAAAGGUAGAAAAUGUAAUCUUAUUACAGUAGCAUGUAAAGCAUAUACUAACUUGUAAUUCUAUAAUAGAAAAUCUUAAGGGAGCACAUGGUUUCUCCAAUUUUUUAUAAAUAGAAUUCAAUAAAUUUGUUUUAUAACAUUUGAAAAUUGAAUAAGAACAGGUUAUUAAGGUUUCGAAAUCCAAAAUUUAUAAAACAAAAUAGCUAUGCCAUAAAUUUUCGAAUACAAAAAAAUUGUCACAAUAUUUUUUAAUAUUAAGAAGUAGAAGAAGAAGAAAGAAAAUGCUUAUACAUUUGAAAAAAUUUUCAAAUUACCUUCCAUUGCAAUUUAAAAUUUAAAUAAAAGGUAAUAAAUUUUUGUAGCAAACAUUUUUCCAUUUUAUGAUUUUAUUGUAAUAUAUGCAAGAGCACACAAUAUGUAAAUAUGCAGAAAAAAAAAACAAGCAAACAAAAAUCAGAACAAAAAAUUUAAAGGAUAAAUCUCUAAUAUUUCUUAACUUUAUUUUAGUUCCUCACAUUUAUGGGAUGGAUUUUGAGAUUAUAACGUUCUUUUGGAAAAAUAGUAAGGAUAACACAUUCAGGAUGCUUUUGUAUAACUAAACUAUACUUUUCAUUUACAAAAAUUUAAAAAUUUAAUGUAUUCAUCACUACGCACUUCUAUAAUUCUAUAUAAUUUGAAUUUUCAAAACAUGCCAUUACGUUUUACAUGAAAUUCUUUUUGAAAAUACUUAUAGGACUCAAAUUUAAUUGUUCAACUCAAUUUUUAGUUUUACAAUAAUUGUUUGAUUGCUUAUUUGUAUUCAAUAGGCUUAUAUUCAAUCAAGCAUACAUGCAACUGUAUGAUAGCUCAAAACUAAGAAAUCAAACAGUUUUAGUGGAUAAUAGAAUUAAGUAGUAAUUGCACACAAAAAAUUGCAUGUCUGAAUGAAGCCCUAAAAACAAUUAAAAAAAUAAUUGUUUAAUUAGCACUGAAAAACAUAAUUUUCGAGAAAAUUAUAAAUUUUCUCCCUAAUGAAUUGGAGUUUCGCAUUAAAAUUCGCAUUACAAUCAAAUUUCACCAGAAACAGACUAACUACUAACAUCUAACAGGCCAAAUUUAUUAUGUAUUAACAUGUUUUCGGGCGCAGUAAAACAUAACAAUGUGGGGCCAUUUCAUUUUCUCUUUAAAUUUUUUUAAAUUAUUUUACCUGUACGACAGAAUUAUGGCUACUGUCUUAUUUGGUAAUUGUAUAGUCGAAUUCUUAUGGCUACUGUCUUGCUUUUUUCGUAAUUGAAAUCGAAAGACGUCUUUUAUAAUGCCAUGUCAAUUUCUAUUUAGUAGAAUUUAUGAAUUGUAGAUGAAAAAGAAUAAGAGUAUAUAAAUAAGGCGUUUCAAAAAUUUUCCGCAUAAUAUUUUAAGAAUUUGUUGGAAAACACAAAAAAAAAAAAAUAAAAUAAAAAUGUUUGCUGCAAGUAAUCAAAAACGAUAAGUAGAAAUGUGCAUGUGUUGUAUGCUUUACAUGAAUUCUUCUCUCACGUAUACCUAGUAGUAGUUAUGUACCCUGUGUAAGUAUUUAUUUUCUUUGGAAAAUGCAAUAUUUCAACCAUUUAUUAUGCAAUUCACAUUAUGUUUGUAUAUAUGUGACUUUAUUUUCGUUACCUUUGUUUAACAUUCAAUUCAAUUUUUCUUUAUGGUAAAAUUUUUUCUGAGAAAAAAAAAGAUUUUAUUAUUCCAUUUGAAUUUCGUAUAACUUGUAAAUUUAUUUUUUUUUUUUUGUUAGAGAAAAAAAUAUUUUUUUAAUAGAAAAGUUUUUAAAAAACUUUAAAGUUUUGACAUUAUUUGCGUUUAAGAUUGAAAUUUUACUUCCCCCUACAUUAAAGAAUAAGAAAUUUUUUUAAAUGUUUGUUUUUUGGUGGAAGAGAUUUUAGUUGACUAUAGAAUUUUGUUAGAUGUUCUGAUUAAAAUGGAAUUUAUCAAUCUAAUUUUAUUUAUUGAAUAAAUUUGAAUUUAAAAACUGGGGAUUUAUUUAUGUCGUGAGCAAAUAAUGUUAAUUAAAUUCUUGCCAAAUUAAAAGUACAAUUAUAUUUGCAGUUUGUUAAACAUAUAAAGAAUUAGAAUAUGAGUUACAAUAUUGGAAAAUACGAUAUUUCGUGUCAUAACCAAUUUUAAUUAAGCAAUCAUCUAAAUAAAGUACUAUGGAAAGACUAUGGAAAGGAUAUCUUAGAAUCUUCU